AUGUCCAAAAACCGACAGCGGGGACGUCGGCAGACCCCACGGAUCCUUCUCCUGACGAGGAACACGGAGGAAGAGGUGAUACUUCUCAGUCGACAACAGCACCAUCAGAGGAGGGCGAACGUUUGGAGUUUCGCAUCAACCGGAGUAGGGUCAUGGGAGACCGCGCCCUCAGGAUCGUUUAUCUCGCUACGGGAUUUUGUACACGCGCAACAACGAGUAGAACAGGACCUUCAUGGCCCUCAUGGGUUAGAUAACCGUCGUGAGAGACUAUCAGAAGCCAUCUAUUUGCUGCUGCAGAAUCAACGUUUCGAGGAGGACGCAAUGCGAGAAUCGUUGUCACGUCAAGCGUCGUUAGCAACUCCGACGAUACCAGUGCACCCGACACCGGACCACGACAAGGAGUCUCUGCGAACGCCGGAGAGUAUUGCGGCAGGGCAG